UGACAGAUUGUGCUUGAAUAAUUAAAUAAAUUUAUAGUGACAUGACAGAUAGUACCAAAGAAUCCACUAAAGAAUUCACUUUAGAACGCGAUUGUGAACUUCGAUUUGAAAUUGAGAGUAAAACUCAAAUAAUUGUUGAGCUUAAAAGUGGAUUUGCUGAACUUUAUGGAACAGAAUUGGUGAAAGCAAAGAAAUAUACGUUCAUUCAAGGUGCAAAAGUUGCUAUUUUCUCUUAUCAAGGAUGUGUUUUAGUGAUAAAAGGAACGCCGGAUGUUUGUUACAUUGCAAGGGAGACUCCAAUGAUUCAAUAUCUCAACACUCAUUCAGCAAUAGAGCAAAUGCGUGAAAAAGCUGACGAAAGAGGCACAACAGGUCCUGUUACAUUAGUUGUAGGUCCUACCGAUGUUGGAAAAUCAACACUUUGUCGCAUUCUAUUGAAUUACGCUGUUAGACUUGGUCAUCGACCGAUUUAUGCAGAUAUAGAUGUUGGACAAGGAAGCAUUUCUAUUCCAGGGACGAUUUGCUCACUUCUCAUUGAACGACCGGCACACAUUGAAGAAGGAUUUUCACAACUCGCACCAUUAGUCAUUCAUUUUGGACAUAAAGCACCGGAUUUCAAUAAUGAACUUUAUAAAAUUUGCGUGUCAACAUUAGCUGAUAUAACAAUGGAACGAUUAAAAGAAGAUAAACGCACUCAAAGUUCCGGAGUAAUCAUAAAUACUUGCGGUUGGGUUAAAGGGCAAGGAUAUCAACACUUACUUCAUGCAACAAAAGCUUUUAAAGCUGGAAUAAUCCUUGUACUUGAUCAAGAACGUCUUUACAAUGAACUUUUAAGAGAUGUUGAUUCGUCAGUUAAAGUAGUUUUUCUGCCGAAAUCAGGAGGAGUCGUUGAAAGGAGUCAACAAGCAAGAGCUGAAAGCAGAGACUUCAGAAUCCGAGAGUAUUUUUAUGGCUCUCGAUCUCCACUUUAUCCACACUCUAUUGAUAUAAAAUGGGCUGAUAUGAAAGUGUAUAAAAUUGGGGCUCCAUCUCUUCCUGAUUCUUGUAUGCCUUUAGGGAUGAAAGCUGCUGACAACAUGACCAAACCGUGGCCAAUUCAACCUGGCCCACAACUUCUUCAUCAUAUUUUAGCGUUGAGUUUUGCUGAAAAUGUUGAGCAAGAUGUUUUAAAGAAGAAUAUUUGGGGGUUUGUGUGUGUAACAAAUGUUGACGUGGAACGACAAACUAUCACUGUUCUGUCACCACAACCACGACCGUUGCCAAACACGGUUAUGCUUCUCUCCGAAUUGCAAUUCAUUGACAGCCAUUAAAGACUUCAACUUUGCACCUUUUUGUAUCUAUGGAAACUAAAAAUUAAAUUGGGAAUAAUAAAAAAGAUUUUUAAUUUAUUAAAAAAGGAAAAAUUUUCUCUUAUUAAUCGUAGUAUC